UCUUUGUUUCUUCAUCAAAAAUAGCCUCACAUGAAGGCCCGAUCAUCAUGGCUAGCCACACUCUUCUUCGAAAGCCCCUCGCAGUCACCGGGAGACAGCUCCCCCGAAGAUAGCGGCGGCGCUACGUCAUCUUCUGGUUCUUCAAGUGACUCCAUCUGCUGUAGUGGCCUCCAUAGCAACCCCUCCCUCCAGACUCUUCCAUCUGUCCCUUCGUUGGAAAAUAUUUUCCCGGAGACCUUAGGGCUCUCCGCCUCUAAUAUCGGCGUUACUUCGAUUAAGCCCCGAUCGGAGCAUCCGAUUACCUGCAUCGCGGUACACGGUAACUUCUUGUACGCUGCUUCUAACGACGAAAUCAACGUCUACGAUCGCGAGACAUACACUCCUCGUGAUGUAUACAAAACCCAGGGUUCAUCCUCCGGUUCCGUUAAGUGUGUUGUUUUCUGUGACGGAAAAAUCUUCACGGCUCACCAGGACAGUAAGAUCCGUGUUUGGCAAAUGACCAUGGCUAAGAAGCACAAGUUUAUAACCACUCUCCCUACCGUUAACGAUCGUUUACGUCGUUUUAUCCUCCCGAAGAACUACGUCAACGUGCGCCGUCACGUGAAACGGCUGUGGAUCGAACAUGGUGACGCCGUUACUGAAUUGGCGGUUAAUAAAGGUCUGAUCUACUCCGUUUCUUGGGAUAAAACCUUGAAGAUAUGGCGCGCUUCUGAUCUCCGCUGUUUACAGUCUAUUAAAGCACACGACGAUGCCAUUAACGCCGUCACCGUCACCGUUGACGGCACUGUUUACACAGGCUCCGCCGACAGACGGAUCCGAGUGUGGUCAAAACCGACAGGUGAGAAUCGGUACUCAUUGGUGGCGACAUUAGAGAAGCACAAAUCAGCGGUGAACGCGUUAGCUUUGAACGCCGACGGAUCGGUGCUGUUUUCCGGAGCGUGCGACCGUUCGAUACUUGUUUGGGAGAGAGAGGAUAGCGCUAAUUACAUGGCAGUGACGGGAGCGUUGAGAGGACAUGGGAAAGCGAUUCUGUGCUUAGUCAACGUCUCUGAUUUGCUCAUGAGUGGAUCCGCAGAUCAGACGGUUAGGAUUUGGCAACGCGGAGGGGAAGGGAAAUAUUGCUGUUUGGCGGUUUUGGAAGGUCACCUGAAACCGGUGAAGUCGUUGACGGCGGUUAAGGAUGACGAACGGAGUGACGUCGCUUCGAUCAUUAGCGGGAGCCUUGACGGCGAGAUUAGAACGUGGAAGGUCUCGCUUUCGAAACCGAGUAGUCCUUCGUCGACGACGGAUAUUUUAAAAUGGAAUUAGUGUAUAAGUUAAUCUUAAUUACAUCGUUUAAAAAAAAUC